UCAGCCAGUUCCUUAAAACAGACAUGACAAACAAAGUAAUAGUUGCCAUGGAGGUACCAGCUAUGACCGAUGAUUACAUGGUCAGAUUGUAUAAAGUCGCACAAAGAGUAGAGAACUCGCACUCUUACAUUAAUGCUGGUAUAAGGAUGAAGAUUGCAAACCCAAAAGUUAUGGUGACAGAAAAGCCAUGUAUGGUUUUCUCUGGAGUAUCGAAAGACUUUGUCCAUGCUGUACAGACAGAAACCUAUCUACAAGGAAAAUCGUUGGAAGAUAUCAAUGUUAUACAAGGAGCUAUAGUCACACUUGCGUCAGAACUAAAUCCUGAUCCUAAUAUAGAUGCCGUAGAACCUAGUGUGAGAUACAGAAAGAAUGUAGCAAUCGGAUACCUCUACAGCUUUAUUCUAGAAGCUGUUGGUGAUACAGCAGGGGCUAUUUAUAAAAGUGGUGCAAUACCAUUGUUAAGACCACUUUCAUCAGGACAACAAUCAUAUGACACAAAACCAAUGGAAUGGCCACUUACGGAACCAUUGAUCAAAUUAGAGGCUCUCGACCAGUGCACUGGAAAAGCAGAAUAUAUCAACGAUAUUCCUGAAUAUAAAGAUACUUUGUAUGCUGCUUUUGUCACUAGCACGGUUGGAAAUGCAAAACUUCAGAGCAUGGAUCCUACGAAAGCAUUGAGUACUCCAGGAGUAUUGAAAUUCAUAACAGCCAAGGACAUACCCGGGAAAAAUGAUUGUGUUGCAUUAGUUCCAGGCAUUCCUACUUCUCCUGAAGAAGUUCUAUGUGGCGGUGAUGUGAUGUACGCUGGUCAAGCGUUAGCCAUUAUUGUGGCAGUGGACGAAGAAACAGCAAACAGAGCUGCUGCACAAGUACAAGUGACGUAUUCAGAUCAGAAGACACCAAUUCUUUCUAUAGAGGAUGGCAUAAAGCAGGGCUCGUUCAUCCCAAGCGUCAUAACAAAACCGUUGAUAAAAGGAGAUGCUCAAAGUAAGAUACAGGUUUAUGGAGGAGAAUAUGCAUGCAUGAUUAACGAAAAUUUAAUGAUUCCAUUUUAA